CAAAUACCGUAUUUUACCGUAUUUAAUACCGGUAAAAUACUAAAUACCGUAUCAGUCGACAUCACUAUUUGUUUGUUAUUUUUAGAAGGAUAGAAUUUAUUCACAACAAUAUCAAUCAUUUGGCGACAAAAUAUCAAUUUGAAAAUGGAGAAAUAUCACAAUAUAAAAUCUUUUAUUGUUACUGCAACCGAGUACUCAAGAAAUCCAAGUGAAACAACAGCAUCUGUUUUACAACGAAAUCUUAAUGCAAUCAAAAUAUCAGCAGAUCUUACAAUUUUUGAUCCUGGCUCCAUAAUAUUAUCCGAAUUUUAUUUAAGUCUUUAUAACUUGACAAAAACCCUUGAAUCAAAAACAUCAUUGACAUGGUGUACGCUGGACGUUCUUCAACAUGUCUCUAAGAAUUUAGCUGCUCGUCAAACUUUGAUACACACUUACAAAUUUUACCAAGUUCUAGCACGUUUAUUAGAAUCAAAUUUAAUAACAGAAAAACGCAUAAAGGUCCUAAAAUUACUUCAAGAAUUGACUUAUGGAAUAAAAAUUCAUUGGCAAGAAGCACAUAUACCCUCAUUGAUGAAUAUUUUAACUCAAUGGAUUAUGCAAUCAAAAGAAGAAGAAAUAAUAACAUUGUCAUUAGGAAUUUUAAUAAAUCUUUGUUACAAAAAUAUUUCUGUAAUCCACACGUUAAUGAGAACAAUCGAUGCAAAAGCAUUUCACAGAAUGUUACUCAAGCUUCAAAGCUCAAGUGUAAAUACUCGAGUUCAAUGUUGCAAAAUUCUCAUGAUUAUGGAACAAGAGAGUCAAGAUAUUCCUGAAAAGUUCAUAUUUGAUUUUGUAGAUAUAACUUUUCGAUCUUUGGUAUCAGCAUUAUCAGAAAAAGAUGUACUACUUAUUCAACAUAUUGUUGAAUUUUUCGAUGAUAUCAGGCAAAAUGAACAUACAAAAAAUGCCUUAGUUUCCUGUACAAACUAUACAAAUUACGUAAAGAAUAUUUUGAAUCAAUUAGAUAUCAUGACUGAUUCAGAAUGUGCUGCUCUUGUUAUUGAUUUUAUAUCCUUAAUGAAACUAAAAUUGACAGAAUUUAUUUCAUUGUAUAUAUUCAUUAAAAUUGCAAUAAAAUGGAUUCCAGUUGAUCGAGUCUCAAACAAAGCACUUUCAUUGAUCAAACAUAUUUUGGUUGACAGCAGAAGAACUAAACAUUUACCUGAUCUUUUGAGUGAAAUUGACCUGUCAAUAAUAAUGCUGGCUCUUGGAUCAGAAGAUGAUGUAAUGGAAGAAACUCGAGAAAAGAGAAGCCUCGAAAAAAAUUUGAAAAUUUCAGAAUUAUUGCAACUACUACAAGAACUUAUAAAAAUUCAAAAUUUCCGAGCACAAGUGGUACAAAUAUUUACGGAGCAAUCUAUGAAAAAAUUAUUGAAACCCAUUUUAGAAAAUGACAUAAAUUCCGAGUUAGAAUGGCCUGGGAAUUUAUUUCAAGAUUCUUCUGUAUCGAUGUACAUUUAUGCAUUGUCAUUUACUGCUGAUCUUGCAGUUCAAGAUUCAGACUGGUUGAGGCUGUACUCAUCAUUAAUUCAAAAUAAACAAAUACAAAUGAUAAUCGCACUUGCUGUAUUCUGGGGUGAUGCUGAAGUUAAACAAAAAGCUCUUCUAUUAAUGUCAUCUGUUGGAUUUCCCCAAGAAUGUGUAUCUGCUGUUUCAAAAUGCAUGGUUGAAUUGGAGCCUUUAGUACUAGUUCAAACUAAAACUGGAAUAACAUCUGGGCUAACAUUGAAACAAGAGACGUCUUUUAAUACCAGUAUAGUUCGACUUUACUCUUUGUCACAGGAAGAACAACUAGAUGAUAUUUUAGAUAAAUUGAAAGAGGCUUUUAACGAAAAUAAAUUCACAGACAUAACUACAUCUGCUAUCAUGGAGCUUUAUGAAUACAAAUUAUCUGCAAUGAGACAAACGGAACGACUAAAUCAAGCAAACUUAGAAGCUGCUGACAAUCAUGCAAUAGGCUUACAACACAGGUUAACUCAGAUUGUUGCUGAGUCAAGUAGACUGCAUCAAUUACUUUUCCACAAUCAACAAAGUCUUGAAGGAUUGAAACAUGAAAAAAUUAGAUUAACACAAAAACUUCAAAAAGCUGAAAUUGAAAGUAAAAAAAUUCAUCAAAUUCAAAAAAAAGAAAUUCAAGGGUUGAAGAAAAUUGUUGAAGAUAAAUCGAAAAUAAUUGAACAGUUGUCAAAAUUAGAAAAAGAACUUAAUGCUGCAGUCGAUAAAAUCAAAUUCUUUGAAGAAAGAAAUACAGAUCUAGAGAUGCAAAAAAUGAGUUUGAUGAAUGAAGGACGUGAAAAUGCUGAUAAAAUCAAAGAAUUGAAUAAACUUAUGACUAAACUUCAAGAUCGGCUUGCCAAAAGAGAUCAAGAAAUUCAAGAAAAAAAUAGAGAAAUUGAAAGUAGUCAAGAGAGUAUGGCAGCUCUAAAACAAGAGAAUGAAGGGCUUCUCAGAACAUGUAGAAAUUAUGAACAGACAAUUGCUGAGAAGGAAGAUAGUGUUGAGAGGAUGACAUCAGAACUGGUUGAUCUCAGUCGAAUGAGAGACAUGAUUUAUCAUCUCACUGCUAAAAAAAAAGAUGAAAAGAAUGAAACAACAUAAUAUAUUAUUUUGUUAAUUGUUUCCAUUAAUUUGUGAAUAAAGAAGCAAAGUG